UUUGCUCAGGAUUUGUCACGCCAUAGGUGUCUUCACGCAAAUUGUCGUCUCAGUUUCAGGCAAGAAUCAAAGGGUUCCGGACGCACAAUCAUGCAUUACCAAGUGCUAAAGGGAUUGUUAAUCACGUCGCAUCUUCUCUUCACCACCACUGCAAUCGGGAUAGAUGGAAAGUUGGACUUUGGAACCUCACACUCAUCCACUUCAUCUUUAAGAAACGGGGAUAAAGAUAGAAACACAUUUACUCCGUUCAAAUACAGCAAAACUAUCAAAAGCAAUGACGACUUCGAAAACAUAGGGGUAGUUUGUACCUCCACCGGUUGCAAUGCCUCAGAAUCGACCAGCAGCACCAAAAAUGAAGACGGCAUACAGACAGACGUACUCGUGCACAUCCAAACCAAAGUGGAUUUCAAACAGAACAAAACCGAAUCAACUGACUCGAUUGGGGAGACUCCUGACAUUCCUAUAGUGGUAGGCUAUGGAGGUUCUCAACUAGACUCUACCGUCGAUGAUGAUAAUGGUCGUUCCGUAGGUCCGCAAUCUAUAUUUGUGCCAGACACGCCUGGAGUACCAAAUUAUAAAUCAAUUUCCAACUUCGAUUCCAAAUUUAAACCCCCUAGUUCACUAACACCGACAAUAGUGUCUCAAGUAGGUCCUGUAAGUACUACUUUCGAUGGUUUAGACUCUUCAGUAGGACCUGGCUCCUUUUAUGGCAACAACCCGCCAUCAGUGGGUUCUAGAAUCGAUGGUUUCGGUAACUCUUUCGAUAAUUUAAAUCCCCCUGAUGGGUUCUACGUUACUAAGUCUUCACCUGGGGCUUCAAGAGUAGAUUACAUCAGUAGAUCUUUUGAUAAACUGGACCCAGCAGCCAAAGCGGGAUUUUAUCCGUUAACAGGUAACUCUGAAGGGUUCAAACCACUUUCGUCUGUGUCUGGUGGUUCUGAAGGUAAUAAAGAUAUUAAAUAUAAAGAGAAUGGGAUAGAAAUCAAAAUUCCCUACUUUGACCCCUCCUACCACAACCAUUACUAUGGCGAAAAUCCCCCACCACAGUACGUUUGGUAUUCCAAGAGACCUAAUGGUUUUAACCCUGUAGAAUUUAAGACCAUCAAAUCAACAUGGACACCAUCCCUGUGGAACAGGAAAGUGGUACCUCACAGACACGGUAGUACCAUAGGAGGGGAAGGGGUGAAGUGUACAUGCAAAGAGGAACAUCCGGAAGCUGGUAAUGGCUUAAGAUGGUACCCUGACGUGGAAAGGAAGGUUCCAUCGUUUAAUGAUCCCGGAUCUCAGAUUAACGACAAACUGGCGCCGUUGAAUUGAGGAUUUUAAAUUAUUUUAUGGAUUAAAAAGUGUCUAUAAAAAUAAAAUUAUAAAUAUUCACAAAAACCUUCUAGUGCAUGGUACAUUUUUAAUAUGACAGAGGAGAGAUAUGUACUUAGAAAAUUACCAAUAAAUAAAUGUUAUUUAAAGUUA